AGUUAGAGGAGGAGAGAGAGAGCCUGGGAGUUGCUAUGCCGGGUCUGUCGCACUGUGGACUGCCUUGACUUGUCACGGGGCCUUUCGGACAAACAAACAAUGUGUUUCUGUCACAGAAAAUAGGAAGUUAGAGGACAAACAAGGAGAAAUUCAACCGGGAAACGUUGCAGCGUCGCUGCAGAGAAACAACCAGGCAGGAUGGGCGAGCGCACGGACACUGCGUUUAAAACCACUGGAUCCAAGUGGCUGCUGCCUGUCAGUGAAUACCUGGGCUUUCCUCUUGAUCAGGUGAAUUUUAUGACGUGCCAGCUGUUUGCCCUGACUGCUGCCUUCUGGUUUCGUCUCUACCUCAGUCCCAGCCAUGCCAAUCCCCUGGUCAGGCACGCUGUGGCCACUCUCCUUGGCAUCGCCUUUCUCAUCUUCUGCUUUGGAUGGUACUCGGUACACAUCCUGACAGUGGUGGUCGCAAGCUACUUGAUCAUCAUCAGAGGUGACAUCAACAACGUGCACAGGUAUUCCAUGGUGACGGCUAUGGGCUACCUGACAGUGUGCCAAGUGAGCAGAGUCUUCAUCUUUAACUAUGGAGUUCUGUCCACUGACUUCUCUGGGCCUCUGAUGAUAGUAACCCAGAAGAUAACCACACUGGCUUUCCAGCUCCAUGACGGUAUGUGUAAGAAAUCUGAGCAGCUGACACCGGAGCAGAAAUAUCUGUCUAUAAAUAGGAGGCCUUCUCUCAUCGAGUACCUGAGUUACAAUCUGAACUUCCUGAGUGUCUUGGUGGGGCCGUGCAGUAACUAUAAGGAAUACAUAGACUUCAUAGAGGGCAGACACAUCAGCAGGAGGCUGAGGCAGCACUCUGGGACGUGUAACGGGCAAAACGGCUAUGAUAAGAUACCGGACCCGUCACCUCUGAACGCUGUCUGUCGAAAAUUGCUGGUGUGCGUUGGAUGUAUGCUGUUCUUCCUCACUGUGACUCGGUCCUUGCCGAUAACGUACAACGUGGACCCCCACUUUGUCAGCCAAGCCCCCUUCCUCACAAGGCUCAUCUACGCUUUCUUCUCCAUACAAGCAGCAAGGCCCAAAUUCUACUUCGCCUGGACUCUAGCUGAUGCAGUCAACAACGCUGCAGGUUAUGGUUUCUUGGGGAUGGAUGAAAAUGGAAAGCCAUCUUGGGAUCUCAUCUGCAACCUCAACAUCUUGGGGAUUGAGACCGCAACCAGCUUCAAGACAUUCAUAGACAACUGGAAUAUUCGAACAGGAAUUUGGCUCAAAACGGUGUGUUAUGAACGAGCCCCCAAGCACAGGUUGGCGUUGACCUUUAUUCUGUCUGCCCUGUGGCACGGUGUUUAUCCAGGGUACUAUUUCACCUUCAUCACUGCCAUCCCCAUCACCAUGGCAGCACGAGCUGUACGGAAGUCUGUUCGCCACUACCUACUAGGCUUCAAUGGCUUGAAGCUCGGUUACGACGUCUUAACUUGGGCAGCCACCCAGCUGGCCAUCUGCUACACUGUUAUGCCUUUUCUACUUCUUGCAGUAGAGCCCACUUUGGUUUAUUACAGGUCCAUGUACUUCCACGUUCACAUCAUCAGCAUUCUGGCUGCGAUCGCCCUGCAUCGGAAACACAAACCCAGUGAACCCUCUGCCACCACCAAACCGUUUCCCUCCUCCUCCCUCUCGUCUCCGUGCUCAGCCCAGUGCCAGCCUGUUCAUCCCAACAACAACGACAAAGUAGACUGAAAAUCCCCUCUUCACGUUCUUUUUUACCCGGCUCUCAGUUGAGGAAGUUCUCUCAAAGACAAGUCAAUAUCCCUGAAGGGCAUUCAGCCAACAAAUGGGGAAACAUUAUUUAUUUUUUGGGACAAUAGGAAAAAAAAAACUUUGACAGCACAAUAUGAUGCAGGACUUGAACCUGUGGCACUGGAUGCACAUGGGGAGAUCUGCCUGAUUGAAAGAUUAACAAGAUCAGAACCCUGAUUCUGAUUCAACAAACAUGAGCGCAGCGGCCCGACUGGAAAGAGAAACGUUAGCUGAGUGAACAUCUCCGGUACCACCACCACCACCAGGACGCUGGCCUCCUUCCACUCACCCCUCCACCUGCCCCCCCUGCUCCUCCCUCUGUGCCCAUCUCAACACCAGCUUGCCUGCUCCGACAACAAUGCAACAGUGUGAAGAGAGAAAGGAGGCUCACUUUCUUUCCUGUCCGUCGAUCUGCGCUGUCCUGCCGAUUGGUGGGAUCUAAGCCAGCACAGUGGGAGAGCAGCUCAUAAACAGGGCACAAAUACCAGGACACACACACACACACACACACACACACACACACACGCGCACACACACACAGACACUAGGACACAAAUAUGCACAUACUCUCUCUUAUACACGCUCGUACUUGGUCACACUCUGACGGCAUACAAAGGCUGCUCUUGUGUGGCCACAACAAAAGAGCAUACCAAGAGGAGAGAGAGCCCUGGUUUAUAUGCGUGUGUGUAGACCUUGUCAUGAAAAACUGAAUUGACCAGUUAGACCAUGCGGCUCUCAAACUGUCCAGUGAAACUUUUCCUAAUGACGUCUUUCUAAGGCAGAAUGGCAGCUCCUCCAGGUGAGGAGACUUGACCCUUCUGCAAACACUUUGUUGUAGUUUCUAUGGAUAAUCCUGGGGCUUUAGCGACGCCCCCUGUAAACAUAAAAAAGAAAAGCUAACAAAUAUUUCAAGAAAAAAUUGUGUGCUAUUACAACAGCAAGUCUUUGCUUGUGUUGUUUUUUGCAUUGCGCAAUUGUUACAAGUGAUGAAAUGGUGCAAUAUGAGCAAGGGCUGGACGAUAUAGCCAAAAUCUUUUAUCACGGUAUAGGUCAUUUCAUAUCUAAAUAACGAUGUAUAUCUCAAUAUAGCAUGUUUUCUGAUAAUUCAAUAAUAGUCUAUAUGAAAUAACCACAUGGUAAAGCCUAUUUUUUCUAUACUUCUGUGGGAAUUAAAUACUUUACAGUUGAACAUUUUUCUCAUUUUAAGAACUUGAGUGCAAAAAAACCCAGUUUUAAGUCAAAUUAUAGAGAAUAAAUAAAUAAAUAUAGACUAUCUACCUAGCCUAUAUCACGAUAGAAACGGUAUAGAAAAAUAUAUAUACAAUUUUAUAUUGUUUUGACAAUAUGCAGUACAUCGUCAUAUUGCCCAGUCCUAAUAUUAGCACAGAUUGAUGUUAACAGUUUAAAUUUCCAAUGAUUUCAUGAGCAUAAUCAGUCCACUUUCCCUAAGAAAUCUUUUUGUGCUGAAGCAGUAGGGAAUUUAAUAGUGACAUAGAUCUUAAUGUGUUAGUAUUUUACCACGUGAACGGUGCUGGACACCUGUUUAGGAGUUUAAGCUGUGUUGAAACUGAGAUGAAAUACACUUGAAGUUUCUAUUUUUUGGGAGGUAACCAUUGCACACUCAAAGAAUGGAAACCGUGUCCAAAAAUAGGGAUUUAUAAAUCAAAUGUUUUUCUUCUCAGUAGGAGCAAUGUGCUGUUUUCGUUCUGUGGAUUCUUUGCGAGGACGAACACAUUUGAAAACCGCAGAUUUACUGGAGCUUAUGUCAGCAGCUGCAGGUUGAUUUAACAGAGACAUCUGCUGGUUGUUUGUACUGUCUGAACUCUGCUGAAUUAAGCAAUGAAGGUAAGCCAAUUUGGACUGAGUGAAACUGCCACACUGCAGCAUCUCCCAAUGCAACUUCAUACCAACUAUGAACACAACGCAUUUUUUUUUUCCCCCACUGAUAUUACAGUUUCCUAAACACAAUUCACAAUGUCUUCUCUUUACUAGCUUUUACUUUUUGCACAAUCGCAAGUUUGCUGAAUCAGAAGGUGAUGCUUAUGAUUAGAGAUAAGCUAUAGCACGGUGAAAACACAAAGAUAACAUUCACGUUUUUUAGUUAUUAAUUAUUACUCUGUUAUUUUCCGUUAUAACUCAAUUUGAGGUUUGAGAGCAUUGGGAGUUAAAAGUGGCACAGUGGCUUGGUUAUUAAUGGUGCUACCAUUAAUGGUUAGCUUUUAGCUACAUUUAUGGGUUGGUUAUAAUGAGUUGCGCUAACAAUAAUAACAAGCUGCAAUGCAAGAAUAUUUUUUUUUGGGCUGUGUAACUGGAGAAGAAUUACCCUUUAAAUGUAUAACAUGGGAUACCGAAUGAAACUGCAAUUUCUUUCUUUGGGUACAGCAUGUGAGCAGCAUGUUUAUCUGUUUUUAAUCAGGUUGGAGACACAAUCUUAAUGCAUUUUAUUACCUGCUUUGGAAUUUAAUCUCAACCUUUUGCCUGUUUUGGCUCAGUUUACAUAUUGACUCAACCCUCUGAUUCUUAAUAUGUAGAAGGCCAGAAUAGUUAUAUCAGGACAGAGAUUACAUCUGUGCCACAUAAAAAUCACAAGGAGCCAGUUCACAUACAAGUGCCUGGGGUAGCAUGAAUUGAAUUAACAUUAUUAAAUAAAUACAGCAGGGGAGUUGUUCAAGAGCAUAAACCUUUAAGGAGAACGAGAAGGGGGAACAAAUUUUUUUCUGAUUAAAUAUUUUAUAUGAAGUGCAAAGUUUUGGAGCAAAGAUGGUGAUAUUUGUUGAUUAUUUUAAUGUUUAUAUGCACAUUAGUACCUCUCUUGGAGUUAAUUACGUGUCAGUAAUGACUGCUAUGGGGACCUGUAGACUUGCAAGAGGCCUGCAGUUAUAAACAUUUAGACUGCUGAUGGUAAUAUACAGUAGUUAGUCCCCAUGACAGCCACCGUCAAAGGCUGACUGCUCCUAAACUCCUCAAGAGGUGUGUGUGUGCUGAAAAGUCUAAAAGCUCUUCCCAAGUAUGGCUUUGCUAUAAGUAGUUUUUGUGAAAAAAGCCUUUAUUAACUUGAACUAGCUGUAACCUUUAAAUGUGUUGUUGUUAUCAAUAAUAUGUUCAUGACACUGUAUAGUUUGCAUGUUGUGUUUUUAGUGCAGGGAAAUGAGCAACGAGUGGCACAUACUGUAUCAAGAAUGACUGUGUUGUCAGAAUGAGCAGCUAUUUCAAUGACUUAAUACUGAUUGUAAAGAUAUUUUUUGUAUGUUUUCUUGUAUGCGUGAUGAAAUAUACAGACUGUGAGAGUGUGUGUUGCUCCAUUUUUAGUAUUGUUUGUACGGAGGAAAAGAGUGAGUGGUAUAAAAAAGAUUUGAGUAACAAAUAAAGCUUCAGUGAAACACACUGUUUGAAUUGAAUAAGUUGGUAUAUAAUUAAUGAUAAUGGGGGAAUUAUAAACCAUUAUGAAGACAAACAUGUCAUUUUGGUUUUCUGACUGUCUUUUAGGAACAAGUAAAUCCUUAAUAAAUCCAGGUGCCAGUG